UGUUGCGUCCGGAUGCCCAAGUGUCACAUUCUCGGCUUAGACGUCUUAAAUUCAUUGCAAUACAUACAGUUGUUAAGUGUGGACUGAAAGUGAAAAUUGUGCGCAUAAUGUUUGAGUUUUCGAAAAUGAUAUUGCUAUUGUUAAUAUGCGUGAGUGGCUUGAUUGGCGGCAGUGAGCAGCACGUCGUGGUGAAGCCAAAUAAAGAACAUGAGAAGGGAAUUGUGCCAUUUUCGACAAGAGCGGCGAACGGCGAUGUAAGCACGCAAAGAAUGAAAAGGAGUUUAUUGGAUCAAAUUUUAUUUGGCCUUUUCGACUAUCUGGAUUACAGUGAUGAAGAUGAGUCUGAAGAAGAUGAAAAAUACUUGAUUUGUCGAAAUUGCACUAUUCUCAUUAGUCACGAUAGACCACCAAUACAAACAACUGUGGCCCCUACAUAUCUACCAACAAUGAGAAGUGAAGAAGUUACAGCUGCUAGCAGCACCACAAAAGCACCUGCCACGCCGAUAGUGCAGCCGAAUGGUGCACCGCCACCGAUGCAAGAGCCUUGAACAGCGUAAUAAAAUAUAUUUUUAUAUUUUUUAUAUGUUUAUAAAUAUAUUUUAUUAUAAUAGUAAGAACUGUGUUAAA